CUGAGUCCCGUCGUCCCUGCGACCAUCAGCACUCUCUGUGGCACCGCCGCCAGCACUACUCCUGUCUCUUCCUUCUCCUUCUGCUCGCCCUCCUCCUACUCCACUUGCCUCUCCUCUGCCGCUUCUGGACUGGCAAGUUCCUUCAUGCCCAAUUUCUUCCGAACACCGCCGACUGGCCUAUCGCGUUCUUUUCUUCUUCUGGCACCGAGUCAACAGGGCCUGCUUCCUGUCGCCACGUCGCAUUCGGGACUCGCAGCCACAGCAGCCACCGUUUCACCCACACUUUCCGCCUCCCUCUCCGUCGCAUCGAAUGCAUCUCCGGCCUCCUGUUGCUUCAGCCUCUCCGGCCAGACGACAUUGCCAGUCCCUUCGAGCCCCUCGCAACCGUUCUCCCCGACUGGCACCAGCAGCGACCAGCGAGCGAAUUCCUCAGUCACGAUUACCGCCGGUCCACAAUUCCCCUUUGCCUCUGCACAAAUUCACCCUUUCCUACAGGCUUCCGGGCCGCCUGAACUGCCCACAAGCCUCACCCUCCUCGAUCCCCACAGCCCCGGUCUGGCCGGGGCGCCGUGCGAUAUCGCCUUUCUUCCAGACUCCAUUCUCUACCAGCGUCAGGCGCACAUCCCCCACCCGACCAGCGGUGAUGCUCUCUUCUUCCGGCCUCCGACUCCUUUCGCCCUAUCCACGGCCCUUCUCUCGGAGGCCGGUCUUCCCUCCGGCCCAGCUGCGCUGCACCAGCCGGCCGCCGCCUCGUCCCAAUUGACCGAGCUGACCAGCGCACUCUACACUUUGGCACCGACCAGCGGACGUCUGGACGCCGCCAGAGGCCUGGUCUACGGCCGGCGAGGUCGGGAGAUGCCCGAGGCGGAAGUCGCCGCGGGCAGCAGAGGUUGGCAGCAAAAGAAGCCUCGACGGGGCCAUUCGAGCUGGCUUUGUGGGACCGCCGAGUCGGAGGGUCGAGAAGAUGAGCAGGCCGAAGCUGUGGACGAGUGUGAUGAAGAGGACGAGGAGCGAAGGAGUGAGCAUCGACAAAAGCAACUCCAUCGAGGCCUUAGCACGAAAGAGGAGGAGAAAGAGUAUUCCAGCAGCACGAUUGGAGCCAAUCUGGAAGGGCAAAAAUUCUCCACUCACCACCACCAACGGCAGCAACAACAACAACAACAUCAUCAUCAUCAUCAUCCAAAUUAUCAACAGCAACAGCAACAGCAGCAGCAGCGAUUUUCAGUUGGAGAGUCGUCGUCGUUACCAGCAUCGCUGACCACCCACGGAAUAACUUGGCUUCCCAGACCCGAUCCUGGCGCGUUGAGUGAAGCCGAGGAGCGACGAUCUCGACGGAUCCCUCUGGAGGGUCUGGUCAGCCUGUCCGAGUACCCAACCCCCUGGAGCCCGGGGCUCCUCUCCUGGGCCUCCAGACAUCCGGUCGGCGUUGACAUGGUGGUCAGUCAGUCGUCCAGAUGUGUGAUGCCUUAG